CUGUUUCUUUGGUACAAGAAAAAAAGCGAUUCACAAAAGAAAGUGAAAUUAAAGCCUUUAAAUUCAGUGGGAUUUCGUGCAUUUACGACAAUUUUCGGUGCAGGAGAAUAAUGUGCCACCGAAGAAGUGCUUGAAAUAGUGUAAAUCGUACCAGACGUUAAUUGUGGGGGGAAUUAAGCUUUGUGCAGCGCUUCUUCUGCGAGUUGGCGGAUAACAAUAACACACGAAUGACGUGGAUGGACAUCCAGUAGAUUCAGCGAGCAGAAGCAGCUAUACAGUUUGUAUCCAGAUUUAUCCUAGUUAAAUAGUUACGAAUAAGUUAAUUCACCAUGUUCGAGAUUAGCGAUACACAGAAAAUUGGUGUCGGCUUAGCCGGAUUCGGUGUGGCAUUUCUGUUUCUAGGAGUCCUACUACUAUUCGACAAAGGUUUACUAGCAAUAGGAAACAUUCUUUUCAUAUGCGGACUGGCCUGCGUGAUAGGGCUGGAGCGGACGUUCCGGUUCUUUUUCCAGAAGCACAAGGUCAAGGCUUCGAUUGCAUUCUUCGGCGGAAUCCUGAUCGUUCUGCUCGGCUAUCCGUUGAUCGGAAUGCUCAUCGAAACCUACGGCUUCAUACUGCUGUUCAGCGGAUUCUUCCCGGUGGCCAUCAACUUCCUGCGGAGGGUGCCCGUUCUGGGUAACUUCCUCAACAUGCCCGGAGUCAGCAAGAUUGUGGACCGACUGGCGGGAGACUCGAAUCGAACUACGGUAUGAUAGCAAUCUGGUUCUAAGAACACAAACAACUCUUUUCUAGCACUAGUAAGCGGCGUCGUUGGUAAGGAAACAGUAUAAGGUGUAAGACAAAUAUUGCGACUGUGUGGAAGAAGUCUAACGAAUCAAUCGCUGCUAAAACAACACUUUCCGGGAUUUUCCUUGCUUUUCGUUUUGUAUCAAAAGCGUGAUGAUGAUGAUGAUGAAAUAAUAGGUAUACCAAAUGAAGUUGCAUUCGCGAUUUGUAUUUUGUUUUGUUUAAUUAAAUGCUCCCACCUUGCAUAUACCUGAAAUAAUGGAUCGAUUUUGUUUAAAUUGAGACCCGAUUUGUGGAAAGUGGAAAGGACCAUGUUAGAGGUGUAGUAGUAUUUUUU